GAUUUGACUAUGGCAGUGCAGUUCCUGUGGAAGGCAUCUGUGUGGUUCAAGAAGCACAAGAUCACUUUGUUGGCCGUUUCUUGCGUGGGACUGUUUGGCGCUAACCUUUCCUAUCAUGUGUUUCCUGAGCAAACAUUCAAAUUAUUGCAUGAGUGCUGGUCAGAGGGGCAGCCAGCUGAGCUUUCACAGAGGCUUUGUGGUGUCUUUCAGGAUGUCCUUGAGGAUACUGAUGUGAAGUCCACUGACUCCUAUCGAGCCUUCGCAGCUUCUGGCUUCCACCCUGUGAGUGCUGGAAUCCCCUGGCUGCCUGCAGGCUCUUUGGUGGGCAUUCCACCAAAUUUUGAUAGCACAGCUGAGGGUAAAAAAGGAAUAGUCAACCAUGUUGUUGUGAUCAAUGGCAAGGAAGUAGACUGGGAGAGCGACGAAGGUGUUGCUUUGAAGGAAGCUCUGACAUUUUCACUUAACGCUCAGAAGUUUGCCAUUGCCAGAGAAGUUGGGUAUUUGCAGACUGGCAGCCCUUUAGCAAGUGCAGUUGUGGCUCCAACUUGCUUAGCUGGUACAUUUCUCUGUGGGAGAGGUAUAAAGCUACUUCUGGGUUUAUCUACUGGCCCCAUGAUACUUCGCAGCAUCUGUAACCUCAUAACUGCCGCUGGUGGACUAAUGUGCUAUUACGUUUCUUACGACGCUAUGACCUAUCACCUAGACUGCAAGGCUGACAGAAAGGCAGCUACUGUUUCCAAAGACUAUGCCAGAGGUGGGGUUGAAUUUUAUGAUAAAAUCUUGUCCCGCAACAGGAUUCUUCGUGGUCUGAUGGGCAAACAAGGGACAAAAAUAUAUGCCCCAAGUGGUAACCUUUUCCCAAGGCACUGGUUCAGAAUAAAGUAUACCCCAUACACUUACCGAAGAGAUUUGAUUGUUAAUAUUUUAAGAGAGCUCCAGGCAUAGGAAGGGAGUGCUUGAAUUUUAAACUUGUGAAUUAUGUAUUCUUUUGGAACACUGCUGUGAUGCUUUUUUUUUUCCAUAUCUUCUUUAGAAUUUCAGUAUUUAUUUUUACAUAUAGUUCGGAAGGAGUUAUUGCACAUUCUGUGAAUAAAGAAUUCUCUCUUAAAAUAUUAAA